AUGUUGCAAGAGAAGAGGCUGUGCAUCCUCGGCUCGGAGCUCUCGGAGCUGGACAUCUUCGAGAGGCUGCUACGCUUCACCGGAGCCCAGUUGCGGCUGUUACAAUGCUUUCAGGCGGUGAUAGAGCACGGUUCAAAACUGUCGGCGGAGCUGGCGACAGGCUAUAUUACGAGGUGCGACGCUGCCGUUAAAACGCCCGACAGUCUCAUCCAGCUCGGCCUUAGGCUGGGCGGUUUCUUCAACGAGGCCGGAUGGUACGCCGAUGCGGAGCGUGUCCUGUUGCGGUGCCAACAGCUGUGCCAGGCCCAGCCGCCGUCUCCCCGCUACAGGCGGCUGACCCUCGAGUGCUGCCACAGGUUGCUGAACACCCAGUCGGCUUACUGCUGCUUUCCGGCCGCCGCGGAGACGUACUCGUUGUCCCUCCGCCUGCUCGGCUUACCGCCAGACGUGGCCGACGAUUUGAGCGACAGGCCCACAGCACUGCUAAAGGACUGCCUUCGAUCCCUUGAGGAGGAAGACGCCGGAGACGACAGGAGCAGGGCGUGGGCGUGCGCGGGGUCCGGUUGCGCGGCGCGCUGCUCCGCCGCGGCGCUGGUGGCGCGCCUGUGCAAGGAGCUGAGCGCGCUCCACUUCGUGCGCUGCGACUACGGCGCCGCGCGGGCGUGGAGCGCGCGCGCGCUGCAGCUGCUGACGGCGCACGCGCCCGCGCGCCUCGGCGUCGAGGUGCUGCGCGCGUGCGGCAAGGCGUGCGUGGUGAAGCGCCGCUUCGCCGCGGCGGGCCUGCUGCUGCGCCAGGCGGUGGCGCUGGCGCGCAGCGCGCACGGCCCGCGCCACCCGCGCCACGCGCACGCGCUGCUCGACUACGGCUUCUACCUGCUCAACGUCGACUCCAUCGCGCGCAGCGUCGCCGUCUACGAGGAGGCGCUGCAGACGCUACGGCGCGUGUUCGGCCGUAGCAGCCUGCACGUGGCCACCGCGCAGGAGGACCUAGCCUACGCGCUCUACGUGCUCGAGUACUCCUCGGGCCGCUUCUACAAGGCCAGGGACCACGCCGAGAGGGCCAUACGGAUCAUCGAGAACCUGGUGCCACCGGACCACCUGCUGCUGGCUUCCGCGAAGCGCGUCAAAGCGCUCAUCCUCGAGGAGAUCGCCCUGGACACGCCCGCCGGCCAGGACAUGAGCGAGCCGAGUCUGCUGGAAGAGUCUGAGUCGCUGCACAAGGCGGCGCUGGCGCUCUCGAUGCUGGCCUUCGGCGAGAAGAACGUGCAGACGGCCAAGCACUACGGCAACCUGGGCCGCCUCUACCAGAGCAUGCAGAAGUUCCAGGACGCGGAAACGAUGCACCUGAAGGCGAUCGCCAUCAAGGAGGAGCUCCUCGGGGCCGAGGACUACGAGGUGGGCCUGAGCGUGGGCCACCUGGCCUCGCUCUACAACUACCACAUGAACAUGCACUGCGCCGCAGAGAAGCUCUACCAGCGCUCCAUCGCCAUCAGUCUCAAGCUGUUCGGCGAGCGGUACUCCGGUCUAGAGUACGACUACCGCGGCCUGGUGCACGUAUGCACCCAGCUCAAGCGCCACGAGCGGGCGGACCACUACAGCACCCUGCUGCAGCGCUGGCAUGAGCUCCGCGAGCAGUCGAAGACCGAGCAACAGCCGGCGCUGGGUGACGAGCAGGUGCUGCCGCUCGACGAGCUGCGCGCCAAGCUGCUCGCCGAGCAG